AUGAAUUCGGUACUCUCACCAAGACCAAAUAGACUUGUAGCAGAUGUAAAUAAGGCAGCACUCAAAAGGAAAAUUAAGGAAGUAGCUAGUUUCAUCCAGAAAAGUAAGAAUAAAAUCAGCAAGAAGGUCAGAAUAGAUAUCCUCAGCAAUUUUAGAAAUCCUGUUGGUAGCAUUAAGGCUAAAAGAGCUCUGAUCCAGAACAAAACUAAAACUCCCUAUAAAGCUCCAAAAAGAAAAAUAACUGGCGCUAAAUUGGACAUGGUAAAAUGCAAGCUUGAGAUCAGCAAUUUGAAAAGAAAGAAGACAUCUUCAUCUCAGAUGAGAAGUAUACAGUUAAUGGAACCUUCUAUGAGUGAAAAGCUGAGAGCUUUCUCACCUAAAAACAAAGCUUCAAGACUAAACAUGAACAUCAACGCAAAGCCAGAGAACUUCACAACAACAACUGUUGAAGUUAAGGAACUCCACAAGAUGGCAAUGUUUCAUCAGAACAUGAUUAGAAAAAUUAACAGAAAAGUUCAGAAGGCAAAGGUUGAAAAUGGCAGGUUUUUCUCACCCAUCAGACUUGUCAGGAAACUCGAUCAUUUAAGAAGUUUUCAAGACAUUGAAACAGAAGCCAAUCUGCUGCCAAGGAUCAAGAGCUUUACAUAAAAAUACUAAAACUAUUUCC